AGAGAGAGAGGAGAGGAGAGGGUGUCCCGCACGGAGGAGCAGACAGACAGCAGGGAACAGCUGCAGCAUUAGGUUCGCGUAGGAUUUCACUGCAUUGCGAUUUAAAAAUAUCAAUCAUUUCAUCCCCAAAACCCGAGUAGAGCAGCUCGACACAGCAACCAAACAUCAUCUAAAACAUGGUUGAUCGCGAGCAGCUGGUGCAGAAAGCCAGGCUGGCUGAACAGGCUGAGAGAUAUGAUGACAUGGCAGCAGCUAUGAAAUCGGUUACAGAGCUGAACGAGGCCCUGUCCAACGAGGAGAGGAACCUCCUGUCCGUGGCCUACAAGAACGUGGUGGGGGCCCGCCGCUCCUCCUGGAGGGUGAUCUCCAGCAUUGAGCAGAAGACCUCGGCCGACGGCAAUGAGAAGAAGAUUGAGAUGGUCAGGGCCUACCGGGAGAAGAUUGAGAAGGAGCUGGAGGCCGUGUGCCAGGAUGUGCUCAACCUUCUGGACAACUUCCUGAUCAAGAACUGCAGCGAGACGCAGCACGAGAGCAAGGUGUUCUACCUGAAGAUGAAGGGCGACUACUACCGGUACCUGGCCGAGGUGGCCACGGGGGAGAAGAGGGCCACGGUGGUGGAGUCGUCGGAGAAGGCCUACAACGAGGCCCACGAGAUCAGCAAGGAGCACAUGCAGCCCACCCACCCCAUCCGCCUGGGCUUAGCUCUCAACUACUCUGUGUUUUACUACGAGAUCCAGAACGCCCCGGAGCAGGCCUGUCAUCUGGCCAAGACCGCCUUCGACGACGCCAUCGCCGAGCUCGACACCCUCAACGAGGACUCCUACAAAGACUCCACUCUCAUCAUGCAGCUGCUCCGAGACAACUUGACACUGUGGACAAGUGACCAGCAGGAUGACGAGGGAGGGGAGGGCAACAAUUAAAGAGAAACCACGCGUCGAAAAAAAAAUAUAUGAAGGGCCGGUGGACUUUGGCAGCCGCUUUUGCCGAUGAUACUACCGCAGCAGCAGUUCUUUAUUUUUCCAUGUGUUUAAAGAAAAGAAUCAAAAGAGAGGUGAGAGUGGAGGUUAAAUCUUAGUUUAAAUAUAUAUAGAAAUAUAUAUACAGUUGAAAGGGGCCUCCGUCUUCUUGAUUUUCUCUUUGACAUUUGCCAAAACCACUGAUAUGUCAGUCAAUCAGCCUGAAGUGGUUGUUGUUGGAUUGAAAUGGCAGCCUCACACUGGCAUAGGAACUGAUCUUGUUCUGUCAAGAUAAGCUGCUUAGUUAGGUUUUUGCGUGAUAGAGAUGCAUUUGAGUCACUUGAGAGAGAAAAUGCUUGAAUGGGAAUGCCUCACAAAACUAGUUUGCAUUGGUUCCAGUAGUCGUCUAUAUAUGAGAAAAAAAAAGGGCCCAGAAAGAUAUUGAUGUUAAACUCACACUUAAAAUGAGAAUAAAGGAAGUUUUAAACCGAUUAGUCCCACCGCCCCCCCUUUAAAAAAAAUAAAUAUUAAAAAAAAAAACACAAAUUGAAAGGAGUGAAAACGAGGACUGGAUCAUAAAAUCGAUUCCCCUCUUUCUGUCUGAAGUGUAUUUGGCAUCUCACAGAUUAGUCUGUUAUGUCACUGGAACCAUAGAUUCUUUUUGGAGGUGAAGAUUACAAAAAGGCAGAGACUUAACGAUAUAAAUCAAUUUAAAAAAAGACAAAAAAAAGACAAAAAAAUAAAUAAAAGCAGCUUCAGAGUUUGUGGUUUACUUCUGUGUUUGUUUUAUUAAAUGCACUUGCCUACUAUACUGUUUCUUCAGUGUAAGAUGAUGACAACAAUAAUAUCGAUUAUUCAAUAUUGUGCAUGCUGGUGAUGUAUUUAUAUACAGUAGCUUGACUUUAUUAACUUAUACUGUGGGUGUUAAGUAUUCAUAUGAUUGAGAAAAACAGGCUUUGUCUGAUGUUUUGAUUUCUGAUCUCUAAUUUAUUUCAGUUCUUUUUGUUAUGGUUUUUUGAUUUGCUAUACCAAAAUGGUGAUCGUAAAAAUUGACCUGUAAUGGGCGUUGCUAUAGUGACAUGCAAUAUGUGUAUUUAAUUUGUUAAUGAAAGAAAAAAAAAGGAAGAUAAAAACCCACCAGUGAUCACUUAA